AUGAUCUCUACCGACUCCAAUGAACGCCAGAAACAAUUGGAGGAUAUUACGAAACGCGGAUUGCAACGCGCAGACGAAAAGCAGACAAGGUAUAUGCUGUUCGGUCGCCAAUUCAUUCUCAAGGACCAAGUCGCGGAAGCUGCAAAAUUCGUCCAAAAUAUCAAGACCCUUAUUGAUGAGUCUGUGAAAGCAUCACCUGAGGCGUCCCUUGCAUGGGCUGGCGUCUGUAUCCUCCUACCCGUCCUGACAAGCUCAAGUGCUGCAGAAGAGGCGAGUCGAGAUGGUUUUAUAUACGUUACUUCUCGUAUACGUUACUACAUGGAAUUCGAACAUCUCCUAUGGCCAGACUCUUUACAUGCCUCAAAUAUGAAAGAUAAUUUCGAGACUCAAAUUAUUGAUCUUUACCAGCACAUACUCGAAUUCCAGAUCAAGAAUGUUUUGCGCUUCUAUCGAAACUGGCUUGCCAACGUGGGGCGUGAUAUCUCUGGGUCUGAUGACUGGAAAGAAAUGCUUACGGUAAUUAAAGAUUUAGAACUCACUAUGAUAAGGGACUGGAGCAACUUAAAUACUGUGGCAUCACGGAAAGCCCUAGAAGCUAUUGAUGAAGCUACGCAACAGAGUUGUACCGAUAUACAAUCGCUUUUGUCAAUCGCGAGACAACACAUUCAAGUCUCUACAGAGCAUCUCGACAUUUCAUCUAAGCAUCUCAAGAUACACGAGCGCACAAAUCAAUUACUCGAAGACCACCCAAUAGAUCUUCCUACCGUCAGCCAAGCACGAUAUGACAGUGCUGAUGUUCAAGAUAGCCCAAAAUGCGAAAGUGGUACUAGAGUAAAUAUCCAAGAAACAAUCAUUCAAUGGGCAAACAAGGAUUCUGCCGAAACUCUGUUCUGGCUCUCAGGCCCUGCAGGUACUGGUAAAUCUACGAUUGCGCGAACCAUUGCAGACGUCCUGAAUAGUGAAGAUCGACUGGUUGCUGGAUAUUUCUUCAAAAGGGGACAGCAAGGCCGCAACGGCACCGCUCGCUUAUUUUCCACUAUUGCAAUGCAGAUGAUCGAAAAGAUACCUUCUAUGAGAGAAUACCUCCGAAGAUCUCUCUCUGGCUUGGACAAGGACGCAAUAGAGGGGAUGGCCCUUGAAUUUCAGUUCAAAAAGCUAAUUCUAAGCCCUCUCGCAGACCUUCCUCCUGAUAACAUGCCCCGCCUAGCUAGCGUUAUCAUCCUCGAUGCCUUAGAUGAGUGCGAGAAUGAAGAUCACUUAUCGAGGAUUAUCACGCUAUUUCUCCAGCUUCAGACCUUGCGUACAAUACGCUUGCGCGUGCUGCUCACAAGCAGAUCAUCUCCUGAGAUCCGAGAUGCCUUCAUGGACCUUCAGAAGGACAGGGACUUUUGCAACAUUGAGCUCCUCGAUGGGAGAUUCUCCGCUGAAACUAAGUCAGACAUCCAAACCUUCUUGGAGAAUAAUUUCGCAGACAUCAGAAAGAAACGCAGAGUUCAGCAAAACCCUUGGCCCACGCAAGAAGAACUAGACCGCCUAGUGGAAUUAGCUACGACUCCUGAACCCUUGUUCAUUUAUGCCGCCACUCUCUGUCGAUUUGUUCAUGGUGAACGGCGCCCCAAGAAUCCGAAAGAGCAGUUACGGAUAUGGCUCAAACAGUGUGAUGAUCGUCAGUCGCAGCUUCAUCAGAUUUACGAACCCAUUCUUAAUCAGGUCUUUUCUGGUCUAGAGCCAGCAGAAUUUGACAGCCGGUUGGAAUUCCUUGGGUCUCUUGUCCUUCUAGUGGAUCCGAUGCCGGCUGCAUCACUCGCUGCUCUUCUCCAGAUGGAUAUAGAUGACGUUGUCUGGUGGCUCCCGGAGUUACACGCAGUGUUGAAUAUCCCUGCUGAGGACCAUAUUCCCGUGCGGCUACUACAUAAAUCGUUCAGCGACUUCAUUCUCAGCACGGAACGGCCUGGAAAUAGCAUAUAUUCUAUAGACACUGCAAGCACUCACACCACGCUAGCCACAAAGUGUCUUGGUCAUAUGAAUGCAACGCUUAAACGGGAUAUUUGCAAUAUUAAACAGCUAGGCAAGCGCAGAAAGGACAUUGAUCAGCAUAUCGUGGAUAGACAUAUCACUCCCGACCUUAAGUAUGCCUGCCUUUAUUGGAUAUAUCACCUACAACACGGUGAACAGCGAAUGAAUAGUGAAAUACCCACGUUAAUAUAUAAACACUUGCUUCACUGGGCAGAAGUCCUUGCAAUCCUGGGAAGGUUAUCCGACGCAGCCAUGGCCAUUAGGAGGCUUCUAGAGAUAUUUCAGCGUUUGCCCGAUGUACCUGCAGAGCUUGUUCUUUUCACAACAGAUGCAAGCAGAUUCAUCUCUAGUUUCGGGUCAAUCAUCGAUCGAGCACCUCUACAAAUCUAUGCUGCCUCCUUGAUGUUUUCUCCGACAUCGAGGGUGAAGUCUGAUUGGGAUGUACAAUGGCAGACUCUCGAAGGCCAUAGCGAAGACGUCACAGCAUUUGCUUUCUCGCCUGACAGCCAGACCUGGGCAGCCGCAUCAGAAGACGGCAUGAUCCGGCUCUGGGACGUAGCAACGGGAACACACAGACAGACUCUUAUAGGUCACAGCAAAAGAGUCACAGAAAUAUUCUUUUCGCCCGAUGGCAGGUUAAUAACUACGGCGUCAAACGAUCAUACAAUCCGGCUCUGGGAUGCAACAACUGGCUCUCUCCAACAAACACUUGUGGGCGAAGGCAGUCUUUUUACAGAAGUCAAGAUGGAAGACGAUGAACUACCUCGGAUCGAUGCAGUUGUCUUUUCGCCUGAUGGGCAUCUAGCAGCGUCAAUAUUAACAAAUAAUACAAUCCGGAUCUGGGAUACCAGAACUGGCGCCUAUCAGCAAACACUUAAAGACUAUAAUGGCCUAGUUACAGCAGUCAAAUUUUCAUCUAACAACCGACUCAUUGCAUUAUUGUUAAAUGACGAUUCAGUCCAACUCUGGGAUAUUGAAGACGAUGGUACAUUCUACCUCUGGGAGGUAGUAACGGGCAGUUAUGACAAGGUGCUUAAAGACCACGAUGCUUGGGCUAGCACGGCUUCUUUCUCACCAAACGGCGAGCUAGUAGCAUAUGUAACAGACGGUGGCACUGUCCGGCUCUGGAAUGUCACAAAGGGCACACAUCAACAAGAAUUAAAGCUCCCUCAAGAAAUGACAACGCACGUUGUCUUCUCGCCCAACGGUCAGCUAGUUGCGGCGACAGGCCAUGAUAUAAUCUGUGUCUGGGACACAGUAACAGGAGUAUGCCAUCAGACUCUGAAGGGGCAUAGUGCCACUAUCACUGGUAUCAUUUUCUCGCCUAACAAUCUUCUAAUGGCAUCCAUAUCUCAUGAUGAAACAGUCCGACUUUGGGAUAUAACAAGGAGUACCCGCCAGCAGGCACUUGAGGGCCACAAAGACUGGAUUACAGCUGUUAGCAUCUCACCGAAUGCCCAAAUAAUAGCGUCAGCAUCUGUCGAUGGUACAUUACAGCUCUGGGAUGCAACAACUGGGGCAUUUCGACAGACAUUAGAUGGCCAUGGCGAUAUAGUUAGUGAGGUUAUCUUUUCGUAUGAUAGCCGGCAGCUGGUCUCACUAUCUAUAGAUCAGAUUCGAAUAUGGGAUGCAGUAACAGGUGUGCAUCAACAUGCGCUUCAGGGCCAUAGUGAGUCAAUGUGGACAAUGGUUGUCUCACCUCAUGACAAGCUAGCUACGCGGGGGUUUGGCGAUGAUAAUACAAUCCAGCUCUGGGAUAUAGUAACGGGUACUCACCAGCUGGCACUUGAGGGCCAUAGCAAGCCAAUUACGGAAGCCGUCUUCUCACCUGAUGGCCGGCUGCUGGCGUCAGCAUCAAAUGAUGAAACAGUUCGAGUCUGGGAUACAUUGACUGGCACGCACCAACAACUCCUUAAAAGCAACGGCACUUUUGUGCUAAGUAUUGCUUUCUCGCCUAAAAGCCAACUAGCUGCCUUGGGAUUUCGUAAUAGCACAGUUCAGCUUUGGGACCUAGCGACAGGCACACAUCAGCAGACUUUUGAGGGCUACACUGAGUCCAUUAUAGCGAUUGCCUUCUCCCCUGAUGGUCAAGUAAUAGCCUCGGCAUUGGAUGAUGGAACAGUCUGUUUCUGUGAUACAACAACGGGCAAAAUUCGGCAAACCCUUAAGACUGGUGAAGUUCGCAGCUUGCGAUACGACCCAGCUUCUAAAAUGCGCUUGUAUACAGAUGUCGGAACCUUGGUCAUGAAUCGAACUUCUAUGGAAGAGAUAGCAGAUAUUCAGGGGUUAACACCAAAUCUGGUCUUUAAUGGUCUUAGUUUCAGUCCAGAUAAGGAAUGGAUAAGGAUCGGCUUCGAGGAUCAUCUAGAAAGACGUCCUCUAUGCAGCCUCGCUCCAAACAUCUGA